UUAGUCCCUGCCCCUUCUCCCACACCACCCCGACCCGGAGUCACGCUAGUGACGCUUACAUUCCCUGCUCCUGCCCUCAGCCAUAUUGAAAGUGCAGUUUCCGACUUUGGCUGCUCGGGAAGGUGGCAGAAGAACUUAAAACUGAGGCUUUUGAAUUUGGAAUUAAAAUUUUGCUUGUUGAAAAACUUACCAGGGAUUGUGGCUUCGCGUCUUCAGCCGUUGAUCGGUUGCGUUGAGGCGUCUGAAAGAUGGUGGACCGCCUGGCGAACAGUGAGGCCAACUCGAAGCGCAUCGGGAUCGUGGAAGCAUGCUUUGGCACAGCAGGUCAACCGCUGGCCAUCCCAGGUCGAGUGCUGAUCGGAGAGGGCGUUCUCACAAAGCUGUGCCGCAAAAGACCCAAAGCCCGACAGUUCUUCCUCUUCAACGACAUCCUGGUGUACGGCAACAUCGUCAUCCAGAAGAAAAAGUACAACAAGCAGCACAUCAUCCCUCUGGAGAGCGUCACCAUAGACACGGUAGAGGACGAGGGGGACCUGCGCAACGGUUGGCUGAUUAAAACACCCACUAAGUCGUUCGCCGUCUACGCCGCAACAGCAACAGAGAAGUCUGAGUGGAUGAGCCACAUCAGCAAAUGCGUCUCGGACCUACUGGAAAAAAGCGGGAAAUCUCCCACCGGCGAGCACGCGGCCGUCUGGGUGCCCGACUCUGAGGCGACCGUAUGCAUGCGAUGCCAAAAGAUGAAAUUCACUCCCGUCAAUCGCCGCCACCACUGCCGGAAAUGCGGCUUUGUGGUGUGCGGCCCCUGUUCGGAGAAGAAGUUCCUGCUUCCAAGUCAGUCGUCCAAACCGGUGCGCGUGUGCGAGUUCUGUUACAAGCAGCUAUCCACGGGCGCAACCCUUCCGACCCGCUCGGACUCCUACAGCCGUUCAGAGUUUACCGGAAACAUCUCAGACGACGAUGAUGAUGAUGACAGCAGUGACUGAGGGUCACUUUUAGGAAUAUUGACAAUCUACAAAUCAUAUCCUGUAAUUUUAGUCUGAUUUUUCAUUCAGGGUUUGCUAAUUCCUGUGGCAAUAACACUUUCCCAAAACAAUUAAAGGCCCCUGUGCAUAUGAACAAAAGGUUUGAUGGGAUUGUUCCUGCGUAUUAAUGAACACUACUUGUUGGCUCGCUCUGGUUUCACAUUAAAGUCACUCUCGUAGUCCAUUUUAACCUUUUUCAUGUAAAUGCAUUUCUUGGCAAUGGUGCUCUUUCAUCUUCUUUUUGACUUUUUUCCCCUCUUUCCUUUUAGCUGUUGUAUUCUUACUGAGCGAUGCUGCUAUCCGCUGGAGGACGAGGUUGUUGGGUAAUGUGAUUGCGGGCUGUUCCUCCCUCAGGUGAAACCGUGUAGUGCAUUACAACUAGGUUUUAAACAAGGAGCUGCAUUUAAUGCUUUGAACAACUAACCACUAACAAACCAUGAAAGUGUGCGUUUGGGUGCAGGUCUUCGGUUUCUCACUUUGCUCAGUUUCUAGCAAUUGCCAAUGACAAAUCAGAUAGACGCUACUAAGCUUCUAAAUGCGUGUAUAUAAUGCUGUGGCAUAGGAAAAUUCAUCUGACAAGGUCGUCGCUGCCUUAGUGCCUUCUUAUUUAUCCUCAGGAUCCUCUAAAUGAAAACCUAUUUAUGACUUGGGCUGAUUUCUUUACUAGACACCUGCCUUCAUGGCACAUCACAUGAUGUAUUCUGUUUAGAGGCGCACGAGUGACCAUUUUAUUGUGUUUCAUCCGUAUGACUAGUUAGAAUCAAAACUAGACCAACAGUUUCACUUCAGUACAGUCCAAAUCAUUAUAUUAUCUCAGUCCGAAUAGCUUUUGGACAUUCCCAUGAUUGCAUCUGUGGUCCACAUGCCCUAAACUUUCUCUCCAACUCUAUAGAAAUGACACGUUAGCAUGCAGCCCACAGGAAUCGCAUGUCACUAAGGCGAAGGAUGCUCUAUCCGUUCCGCCCGCCCUCUCUCAUUGGGGUCUUUGUGUUAGAGAAGUCACAUGUCGGGCCAUGACAGUCAAUCCUACAAGUUUGAACGGGAAUCGAAAGCAUUAUGAGGAAGCGACUGUCACACAGCCACCUUUUGUUUUUUUAUGGCUGUUUGACACAAGAAAAACUGCACUAACAGCUUUCCAAAGUGGUGUGUUGUUUUAUUAAAUGACUGUGUUGGACACUCUAGAGAUACGGUAGUAUAUUUCAUCAACGAUCUGCCAGGUUUACAAGUGAAGCUGGUCGGAGAAUCAGCUGCUUGAGAACUGUCUCAGUACUGAAUACUUGAUCACCUGUGAAGAUGGCAUAUUUUGUUUGUGUCAGAAUGACAAAACUGACA